AUUUUAUGAUCGUCCAGGGGGAGACUGGUGUCUGGGCAUGGGUUGGUCGUGAAGUAGACGCCCGAGAGAAAUUGGAGGCAGUGCGAAAUGCCCGGGGUUUUGUGAAGAAAAAGGGGUACAGCAGUUGCGUUCCAGUGGCUCGUGCACUAGAAGGUGAAGAGCCACCGGAGCUGAAAACCCUGUUGAGAAGCUGGGACGUAGUGAAGACACGACCCCUAACACUUCCCCCUUGCUUCGACCCCGAGUACAUGACAGAAAGACCGAAGAUGGCUGCUGAGUGUCAACUGGUUGACGAUGGAAGCGGAAGAAGAACUCUCUGGAGGAUUUCAAAAAAGGAUGGGAUGAAAGAAGUCAACGAGCACGGAGCACUAGCUGGCGUUUACUUCGCUGGGCUUUGCUACGUGAUGAAGUACUGCUACGGAAGUGGAAGAAGAGAACGAACAAUUAUUUAUUGCUGGGAAGGGGCGCAUUCUACGAGUGUAGAUCGUGAGGCUGCCCUAGAUGCAGCUUGCAGAUUAUCUCAAGAAACUUCCGGACAAUUGGUGAAGGCUUCCCAAGGUCGUGAGCCCCCGCAUUUACUCCAAAUUUAUGCUGGCAAACUUCGAAUUUUAUCUGGACAACAUCAAGAAACAUUACCGAAGAAGUACUUGGUGAGAGUUUUCGGGUCGACCCCUUACACAUCGAAAGCUGUGGAGCGACCUCCUAGAGCGAGCUCUUUGGAUUCUGGUGGAGUUUUCAUUCUGUUUUCUAAUUCUCCGGUGGUUUGGUGUGGUGGACGAAGCACUGGAGAUGCCAGGGAAGCUUCCAGACGUUUGGCACCGAAUACUGCGCCAUUAAUUGCCGAGGGCAAGGAAGAUGAAGAAUUUUGGAUGCAUUUAGGAGGAAAAGGAGAAUAUGGAGCGGAAUCAGCGGAUAUGGGAGAGGAGUCAGGGAAGCAUUUGUAUCACUGCGAAAUAUCAGAUGGAGUAUUUGUAGGUGAGGAAAUCCUCGGUUUUACUCAGAAUAGUCUACUCCCCGAAGCAGCUUGGCUCUUGGAUGCUGGAAGUGUCAUCUGGGUAUGGUUAGGGAAUUUUUCCGAGUCGAAGAACAUGAAGAAGUGCCUCCAAGAGGCCUCGACGUUCUUAUGUACGCAUCCAGCAGGUAGAGACAGGAACACCGUGAUAUCGAUCAUCAGACAAGGCCUAGAACCUCCGACAUUCAUAGGACUCUUCGAGAACUGGAAUCAUAAUCACUGGAGGGACUACAAAUCGUUCGAUGUCGUGAGAAUGUCUCUUCAGGGUCAAGAAGCAGUCAUGAACCAUCAGGGAAGGGAAACCACUGAUUUCGAUGCGUACGUCAAGUAUCCUCUCAGAAUCCUCAAAAUGGACCCGGAACAUCUCCCGGGUGAGGUAGAUGUCUUCAAGAAGGAACUGCAUCUCACGUAUGAUGACUUCACCUCGAUUUUCAAAAUGAACCCUGUGGAAUUUGAUAAACUGCCGGCUUGGAGGCAACAACGACUGAAACAAACAGCUGGAUUAUUCUGAUUUCAUUAUUACCCCGGUUGUUGUGAAAUUCCGUGCAUGGUUGGUUGAUUUUUUUUUCUUCUCUGCCGAAUAUUUAAUUACUUGAGGGAUUUAUGUUAUCAAAACCUUAAAAAUAUA